UGCGUUUGUCCCUGCUGUGUAGCUUUGCACGGUCCGAGUCAUCGUCACGUGCCGUAGCCCGAGUAAUGGAGCCGGAGGCGCGCGUGAUCACGAAGAGAACAUUGUGAAGAACGGCGCGGAUGCACGCGGAGCCAGCCUUCAGAGCGAAUGCAAGCAGCUACUGGAAAUGAACGCGCGAUCAUCAUCUUCUGUCGGAUGAGGAAACACGCCUGUGCUGCACUGAACUGAGCUCCACCAUCCUCCCGUAAACAUGAAUAUCUGCAUAUCGGUUCUUUCUUUUAUCGCCAUAUAUCCUCGCUUUGUUCAGGUGUUUGACAUCUAUGGGGAAAUCUGUUCAGGGCUGUGUGUUUGUGAAGAGAGAGAGGGAUUUCUAAUAGCAAACUGUGAAAAUAAAGGCCUGCUAAGCCUCUCUGAUGUCAGGCCUUUGCACUUAAAUACAUAUCAUUUACUGCUCACCGGAAAUCUUUUAAAAAAACUUUCACUCAACGACUUUGUGCAUUAUGAGGGACUCACAAUUUUGCAUCUAGGCAACAAUGAUAUAGCUGAGAUUGAGACUGGGGCUUUUAAUGGACUUCAAGGACUAAAGCGCUUGCACUUAAACAACAACAAAAUCGAAGUACUAAAGGACAAUACUUUUGCUGGCCUCGACAGUCUGGAGUAUCUUCAGAUUGACUACAAUUAUAUUAGUCACAUUGAGGUGAAUGCUCUUAACAGACUACAUCAUCUGGAGGUGUUGAUUUUGAAUGAUAAUCUGCUGUCUGCCCUGCCAAAAAACAUUUUUCAGUUUGUUCCUUUAACCCACCUUGACCUUAGAGGGAAUCAGCUUAAACAGCUGCCCUACAAUGGACUUCUGGAACAUAUGGGCAAAAUAGUAGAACUUCAGCUUGAGGAGAACCCAUGGAACUGUUCCUGUGAGCUCAUAGCCCUUAAAGCCUGGUUAGAAAGCAUAUCAUACACAGCGUUAGUUGGAGAUGUGGUUUGUGAGACCCCAUUCAGGCUGCAUGGCAGAGACCUUGACGAGAUCUCAAAGCAGGAGCUUUGUCCUCGAAGAGCCAUAGCUGAAUACGAGAUGCAGGCAGAACCUGUCCACAGCAGCCACGCUUUCUUCAGGACCACGUCGGCCUCAAUAACAGGCCCAGUACCAGCUUCAAACACCUUAUGGUCCUCUCGACCUACGAAGAGCAGCCAACCGUCAGGGAAACUACGCACCAAACCCACCUCACGGGUCUCCAAUAAGCCACAGAUCUUUGGCCCAGCUGUGGCUUUCCAGACCAAAUCCCCAGUGCCUCUCGACUGUCCUCAUCCGUGCACUUGCAAUCUCCAAAUUUCAGAUCUUGGCUUGAACGUGAACUGUCAAGAGAGAAAAAUUGAGUGUAUCUCAGAUCUAAACCCCAAACCAUAUAAUCCAAAAAAGAUGUAUCUUACAGGAAAUUACAUUUCUUCAGUGCAUGGUUCAGAUUUUGAAGAGGCUACCAGCUUAGAUCUGCUUCACUUGGGAAACAAUCGGAUAGUUAUCAUACACAGCGGAGCGUUUGGAGAGUUGGCUCACUUGCGGAGGCUUUAUUUGAAUGGAAACUUAAUAGAGCGGCUUACUGACAAUAUGUUCUGCGGUUUAGAAAGUCUUCAGUUCCUCUACUUGGAAUACAAUGUCAUUAGAGAGAUAGCUGUGCACACCUUUGAGCAGGUGCCCAAACUGCAGUUACUCUUCCUAAACAAUAACCUUCUGAAAACACUACCCACUGGCGUGUUCAGAGGGUUAAGCUUGGCACGACUCAACCUACGCAACAACCACCUUAGAAACCUGCCCGUUACUGGUGUUCUGGAGGACCUUCAGUCGUUAGUGCAGAUAGAUCUGUUUGAGAACCCCUGGGAUUGUGCAUGUGCUGUUUUGGAGAUGAAGAACUGGUUGGAGCAGCUCAGCACUGGAACUGUGGUGAACAGUGUGAUCUGCGAGUCUCCUCCGAGGUUGGCAGGAGAAGAUCUGUGCUAUGUUCAUCCCUCUCAUUUUUGCCCAGACGCCUCACAUGCGCCGGCAUCCAUUGUCUCACCUUCAGAGCAAUCCUUCCCUGGCAGCACUAUCGCCAUGGAGACAGCACUGGAUUAUGACACACAGUAUCCCACAAUCCCUCUCUCUGUGCUCAUUCUAGCCUUGCUCCUCCUCUUCCUCAUGUCAGUGUUUGUGGCUGCAGGGCUGUUUGCUGUUAUGAUGAAACGCAGCAGGAAACCUGAGCAGUCAGCCUCCCUGAGGACCGGCGGGAGCUCCUUCAACACGCUGUACCAUGACCGGGCUGCUCAGAAGGUCAGGACUUCGGCAGGUCACGUGUACGAGUACAUCCCUCCUCCAACGGAUGGCCUGGGUCAUGGCACUGCAGCAGGGGGGAGCAGAGACUCUGAUGAGCUGGCUGCUACACAGGUGUCUAAGUCCCAUCAGGAAGGUCGCAGCACUGUGGUUGGCUCAGAGCUCAGUGCAGGCACACCACGUCCCCUCCACGGAGCCUCUCCUCUCCCGGAUCAUGGAUGCGUUUACCAGCUCCUCCUGGCCAGGGACCCGCAAGCGUCCUACAGGGCCAGUUUGUCAUGUAAGCACGACGGAAAUGUGUCAGCACACUAUGCACCUGAGUUUGAUGUUCAGCAGCAGUAUCUGCGUCCAGAUGGGACACAACAGACAGUGAUGUUUUGCUCAACACCAGACACGGUCUGUGCAGAGCCAAACAGGAGCGAAUACUGGGAACUGAAAGCUAAGCUUCAUUUUGAGCCAGACUAUCUGGAAGUUCACGAGAAGAGAACAACUUUCACUCAGUUCUGAAUCACCCCCAACACACCACUCCCUUUCCACACCCACCUCCAGGUUUUGGCUCUGAUAUCACAGAGGGUUAUAUAAUACCUGACUACUGUUGGAACUGGUUUUAUUGACCAAAUUGUCCAAUCUGGAAACCAGUGGAGGUGUUUUCUUUAAAGUGAAGAGUCAUAGAUGGUUUUUUAUAUAAGCACUCAUCAGGAAGUUUAAUGUAAUGUUGCUUGACUCGUAUGCCAUGAGGAGUUACAUUCAAGAAACACUGACUUGAAUUGGAAGUUUCAUUGUUGAGUUACUCGUGAAUGGGACAACGUGCUCAUAAUAUGCUUUUCAUAGUUUGCCAUUUUGAUACUGCUGGUUUACAAUUGUAUUCAUAAUUCAUACAUAAUUCAUCAGGUUAUUUUUGUGUUUUUACAGACUGGUCUCUGCACAUUUCGCAUCAUGUCACCAUAGUAAAGAAGCUACAUGUAAUGUUUUACAUUUCAAUUGAUCUUUAUAAGAUCUUCACAAGACACUGACCAUUACAUUUUAUAUGUUGUUACUAAGCAUACACAAACCAAACAAAAAGGUUCACACACAUUCAAAAAUAUUUAUGCAGAACAUUUAUUCACAAGCAGUUUUUAUUCUGUUAGCGGAAUCCUAGUGUUUCCAUUAAGCUCUUUUAAUAUGGCAUUCUGAGUUACACCUUCUGACGUUCAGAGUCACGUGUUCUGACGUUCAGAGCCACGUGUUCUAAAAUUCAGAGUCACAUGUUCUGACGUUCAGAGUCACGUGUUCUGACGUUCAGAGCCACGUGUUCUAAAAUUCAGAGUCGCAUGUUCUGACGUUCAGAGUCACGUGUUCUGACGUUCAGAGCCACGUGUUCUGACAUGCUGUAAAUGAAGUGAAUUAGCAGGCAUUCAGAUGUGAUCUUUAAGUUAAAUAAGACCUUAAAGGUCUGAAAAUGCACUGAAUAAGAUUGUUAUGCAUAUAAGGACUCACGAGCACGAUGUGGAUAAAACCGACACAUUAUCCUGCCAUAGAGUCCUGGAUAAAUCAAAGAAGAGGUCUCAGUGGUUGUACACGUUUGCCUUCAGUAUUACUUCCAGAUCCAGGACCAGAUCCAGAAUCGCUUGUAAAGGCAUGCUUUAGGAAAUGGCCUAUGCAUUCAUUCCAGCCAAACACUAAUUUUCCACUAAGGUUUCCUGACCCACUAGGGCUAUUUAUUCCCGUUCAAUUUUCUGCGUGUGAAAGCAACAGCAAUACAAUUGUAUUUAUAUACAAGACUUUAAUAUUCAUGUUGCAGUAAAAUUCUCAUGCAAGUCUUAAUGCAAUCUGGAAAGACUGUUGUGCCGCGAACUUCUUAACGUCCUUAAAUUAAUACUGCUACUGUUUCUUCUUCAGUUACUCAGUUAUUGCACGUGUAAAACUUUAAAUACUGUUUUAAAAAAGUUUAUUUUAACUUGGCUGUUUGUUGCAGUUUGGUUGCAUUGUGGUUGUAAAGUUGUUUUUGUCUUUUUAUUCUGUAUUUGUUAGUGCAAACGAAAUGAACUCAGCUGAAAAUAUGCCUGAUCCAACGUAAUAAGAUGGCACAUGUCCAGAUUCUGCACUGAUAUUCUGACAUAUGCAGCACACACUGCUGUAAUAUCAUCUAGUAUAUGCGUCUCAACAUGAAUGCUGGCAAUACAUCAAACCAGUGACAUAUUUGUCACAAUUGUUUACUUCAUGUUACAGAUGAAUAAAUUCUAUAUUUUUCUUUCA